ACAUCUUUUUGAGUAUUGAACGAGAUCUUCAUGCAUAUCCUUCUGGUGAUUCCAGAGUUACAGAUACUUUAUCUUUAUUAAGACAAUUGGACACUUUCUUUCCUGACUUCAGUUUCUAUUGUAUUCACAGAGAAUUGAUUGUUUUCUUUCUGGAUCUCAAUGAAUUGAACGUUCUCUAUCAUUAUCAUCAUGAGAAAUCGAAUGUGAGUCUUGAUGAAUUAAAUGUUCUCUAUUAUCAUCAUCAUAAGGAAUCAAAUGUGGAUCUCAAUGAAUUGAAUGUUCUUUAUCAUCAUCAUGAGGAAUCAAAUGUGGAUCUCAAUGAAUUGAAUGUUCUUUAUCAUCAUCAUGAGGAAUCAAAUGUGGAUCUCGGUGGGUUGAAUGACCUCUAUUGUUUUCAUAAAGAAUUGAACGUGAAUCUUAAGAGUACAAGCCAGAGCCGUAUUCCUAUAGAAGAUUCUAUAGAGGAUUUCAUAGAGGUGAAUGAAAUAGAAUUAGAUGAUAAUAGUGAUGUUAUAAUUGAGCAGAUUUUAUCUAAAAGUGAAGAAGAAUCUGAUGAAUUUGAUAUUGAUGAAGAUAUAUAUUUUAGCGAAGACGAAGCAGAGGAAGAAGGACGAACUAUUAACUUUGAUGUCCCAGAAUCAGUUUACAGCGACGAAUAUCCUGAUAUAUCAACUGCAAAUAUUAAUCAAAGUUUUAUGUGGAUCGUAUAUUGGAUUCUCAAAUAUCAUGAGAGGUAUCAGUUAUCAGAUACGGUUACUAAUGCCUUAUAA